GCAGAAGGUCUACUUCACAGCAAACAUCCUAAGGUUGAACAUCAGUUUGGUUUUGGCUGUGACAGUGACCGGGCUGGAUUACCCUCAAAUCGCAAGUUCGUGCUCAUCGCUUAGAGAAGUUUGUAGUGGAUUGGCAGCAGUGAAAUGAAAGUUUCAAUUUGUGUUUCGGCAUUAUUGCUGGUGGUUGCCGUUAGCGGGCAUAGUGAAGAUGUGGCGUUGAAAGCGAGAACUAACGAUGCAGCAUUCGAAGAAGUUCUUGUCCAAUCGUCGCUGAACGUUCGCAAGUCUAACUCAGCUGCACGGCGACAUGUGAGAAGUUUAAUGGAUUUGCUAAUGGCACCGAGUCACUCGCGACCCAAGCGACAGUUUGGCUUUGGGGCAUCUAGCUCGAAUGCAAACGCCAACGCAUUCAAUCAGCAAUACGGUCCACAAGGCUUUGGAGCAAGUGCUGCUAAUGCUGGAGCUCAGUCGUUUUAUAACCAAGGACCAGGUGGAGGAUUUGGAGCUUCGGCAGCUAACUCUGGUUCCCAAGGAUUCCAAGCUGGACCAGGAGGACUUAGUGGUUCCGCUGGGAUGUCUGGCAGUCAGUCAUACCAUCUGCCUGGUAAUCGUGAUAUUAGCCUAUCGUAUACACAGGGUUUCUCGGUGGCUAACGGCAGGCCAAAUGUGUCGCAAGGUAAUUCGAUUAGCUUCACUUGAGCAGCGCGAAGACGGAAGAGUAUCGGCCGUUUCAGGAUAUGUUAAAAUAUAUUUAAAUUUAUCCAAUGAA